GAACGGGGAGACUAAAGUUUUCUCGGAGCACAGCUUCUAACAGUGGUUGAGUUUCCAACCCGACACUGGGAGCCGUUCAACUUCCUCCCGAACUUUCCCCUCAUUCCGCUCUCCAUAUUUUCUCCUUGAAGUCCCCAUGCUGCUCCAGAUCGCAGAGAUUUUAGUGGGCUAUAUACAUAGCAUGUGGUGCCCUCCACUGCUUCUUUUCUUUUGGCUCGAUUUCUGCUUCCUGGAUUUCUAGAAAGACAGACGGUGGAAUGCUUCCGCAAAUCCAGAGCAACUAGAAUCUUUUGAAGCGGCUUUUUUUUUGAUAAUGGUGUUAUUUUGAUCCUGCCUCCUUGCCACGACGGGAUUAAUGACGUUCUUGUCCACUGCACAGCAAAUAAUAUCUCGGGCUUUGAAUCUGAAACGUGAGGAUCGGUGGCAUCAAUGUCAUCGAGUUUGAGUCUAGACAACACAACCAGACUGCAAUGGAGGACGCACAGGAACAAGUAGGUCGGAGACGAAAGCGCGUGUCCAGGGCCUGUGAUAGAUGUCGAAGCAAAAAGGAUCGUUGUGAUGGAACUCGUCCGACAUGCCUGGCUUGUCAGAAUUCUGGGAGUGUCUGCUCCUAUGAUCCCUCUGCCAAGAAGCGCGGACUUCCUGAAGGUUAUGUUCGGGGACUGGAAAAGCUCUGGGCACUCUCAAUAUCUAACAUUGACGGCUUCGAAGAGAGCGUCCUGGGACUGCUGGGAGCAAACGACGAGCCCUCUUCUACCAAGCGGAGGAAGCUUAUCUCUCUGUGGCUGAACGAAUCUGUCUCUGAAAAGCUGCAUGACUCGUGGAAGUCCACCGCCCUUUACCGGGAACUCGAGAAGCUGCUGUCCGCUGGUGAUAUCGAAAGUGUGCUUUCGUCGCGAGAGGCCAGCGAAAAUCGAGGUCAGUCACUCGAGCGAACAGAAUCUCACACUGGUUCCAGCGACGGUUUCGAAUAUCGCAUCAGUCGAGACUCAGCACUCUCCAAGUCAAACAACAUCGAAUCCGAAUCGUCCAUCGGGCCCCGGUCGAAAAAGAUCAAGCUCUCGCACGCUCCAUCCGCCAACCCUGGUCACUAUCAAUUACGGCUUCCCGUCCAGACACCACGCCUUCUUGACCUUUACUUUUCCCAUACCCACAGCUGGUUCCCGAUCAUAGCUAAGCACAGCAUUCUGCGGACCUCCUACUCCUAUUCAAAUGAGCCUCUUUCCCUCGCCAGGAAGUCUGCAGAGUCCGGUGACCAUGCGGCGCUGUGGGCAAUCCUUAGCUACACCACAGCGCAGCUAAAGCCUUCAUCCGAUACACAACAACAGCUGGGAUUCGCUGAUCCUCUUUCUGCGGCGAAGGAGUUCUACGCAGUCGCCAGGAGUCUUAUACCGAGUGAAAAAGAAAAUUUCGAGAUCGGCCACGUUCAGGCAUUGCUCCUGUUGACUCUGGUGAAUAUUGGACUGGAAGAUUGGACUGCCGCCUGGCUCUUGAGCAAUCAAGCUACUAGCUUAGUGUUGCAUCUUGGGCUCGGGCGGAAGACCGAUCGCCGACAACAUCCAGGCAACAACCAGAACAAUGCCAUCUUCCUUGGAUGCUUCGUUGUCGAUGCGAUCCUUGCCGUUCGCCUUGGACGUUGCCCGCAUAUGCGCCCCGAAGAUUUGAUUCCUGUCGGCCCCCUUGAAGAGGAUGGACUGGAAGAAUGGAACCCGUGGAUGGAAGUAUUCUACCCGAAUGGUCCAGUCCAGGGCUCUACUCUUCCUGGCCGCGGACCACUCCUUGGCCGAAGCUGUUUUAACCGGCUGGUGGAGCUUGCGAGCUUCUUGAAUCGUAUAUCACGACAUGAGCCUUACAGCUUUGAUGCCCAGUGGUUCUGUCAGACUAUCAUUAAAGAUAUGCAGGCUUGGGAGAAUAAAUUACCCCCGGCCUGUCGACUUGCUACUCUCUGCAACGAUGCUGCCCUGGGAAAUGCAAUGGCGCUGCUUCCACAUCAGAUUUACCUGGCUCUUACCCAUAUCGCAACACUCAGUAUUUUUUACGCUCGCUUUUCAUCCCAUGUGCAAGCUCUAUUCUCUCCCAUAAAAAGGUUACUCCGGCUGACCCCUGGUCUUCUUUCGGGACAUAGCGAAGUCUUUGGCCAGUUCACUUUCCCACCACUUUUCGAGUGUUCUCUGCGCACAAUUACCGACUGCAUUCGCUUCGGUGGUGCGGCUGCUGAACAAGAUGAGUUCCAGCUUUCACUGUGGCUUGAUUCAACAUCCCACGAAGUUUCCAAGGUUGGAGGUAUCUGGCCGGUAAUGACAUCUUUCGCUGAAGAAAUCAGUAACCGAAGACCCCGCGGCAAGACUUCUUAUGGUAACCAACCAGCACAAUCCUUGACAGUGGCCGAUUUCAUGAAUUCGAAAGGGAUAUCUAACAACUACCAUACCUCAGCCAAUGAUGAUCUGGAUCCACUAUCUCGCAUGGCUUCGUCGCCACAAGAUGAUUCGAACCAGUCUUUGAAUCACAGCACUCUCUCUACCUUUGGGUUGGGGCUCGGUUCAGAGCGUGCCAACAACGGUGCAGCCGGUAUUACUGCUAUCACCGAUCUUUCACCACGAGAAUCUAAUAUGGACGGACCCGAAGCACAAUUGAAUGGUGCAAUCCAUGCAGAAUUGCUUGGAAAUAAUCUUCUGACUCCAUAUGAAUCGCAUUUUUCUAGCGCUGAGACCGCAGACCUCUCAACGGUCUCCGAUCAAUUCUCCACUCAAUUACAACCGGCGACUCCAGCUUCAACUCCACCGCAAGCCAUUUCAAAAACAUCGGAAUCCAAUUCGCAGCUGCCACCAAAGCAACAGCUUCCCAUCAAUGACCUAGACUCGAUAUUUGACGACUUUGCUCACCUUGACACGAAUGAGUGGACUACUCGACGCGAACAGGGGCUCAAAGACUUUGGUUUUGCGGAUGAGAUCGCAUUCCAAGCGUUUUGUCGUGACCCAGAUCGUGUUGCGGCAACGAAUCCCUUACUUCGCCCGGCGUCCAUAGCAGAUAUUUGGCCGCCACCCGGUUUUUUUCCGGAUACUUUCCGUGAUGAGAAGGAGGCUACUGGCAAUGCUGAUUUUAAAGAAAGAAAAGUUGGUUGAAUGAAGAGCCCGUCUGCUCUUCAGGAUAAAAGUAUUUUUGGGGUUAUAUAUGCCUCUAUAGAUCGAUUAUGGGUCCGGCUGCCGUUCCAUCCCCCAUCCGACCAGGGCACUGGCAGGAUGGAUGUACUGCCGGAGCACGAAUCCCGAGACCCCAGAGACCCGGGGUCCAUGUGCGUGAGAACUUAGCGGGACCACACGCGACUUCGCAAGUUCAACCUCUCAUCGGCUAGCUUCCUCGAAUGAGACCUACGGUUGCAACUUGCUUUAUUCGCCGCAGGAUCGUCUGCAACCAUUCCGAGUCAUGAUCACAUAGUGACGAAAUAUGAUGUCUUUUUUCUUUGCUCCUUUUUUGGUGACCUUUAUACCAGCAUAGAGGUCCAGGUAUACCCCCUAACUUGGCGAUUGCCAUUAUUUUGCGCUGCGAAGAUUGCAUCGUUGGCUUUUUAGAGGACAUGAGUUACGCCUUCACUCUCUAGAUUAUGUGAGCUGUACAUACAUGGGAUAUGUGUUUGAUCAGCCUACGUUUGCUCUCAUAAUAAUAUCUCUCCUGAGAUUCAAAUUCCGCUCCAUCUGUCUGAUUAUUUACGAAAAGCAGAAUGACAUCUCUCCAAAAUUAAGCAAGCAU